AUGGAUGUUCAUGCCGAUGAUGGGGGCAGCUAUCGUGAUGUCGAGUACAAGCUGGAGCUUUUGGUUUCGUGUCCAUCAAACGAGUUCCUACCCUCGAACGGCUCCUCGACCGUGGCGAGGACAGUCAAACGUGUGGACAGUGUCUCUGGUCCUUGCGGCUUCACGCUGUUGGUGUUGAAAGGAACCAUCGUCCUCGCUACUCAAUUUGGUGGAUGUGAUGCGUAUGACGGGGACAAGAGCGAUCACUUUGUUGAUGCACCGAAUCUCUAUAUUGUGAAGGACAAACAUGCUGCCCAGCUUGGGCCUGGCGCACACAUUUAUGGCACAUUUGGACUUCAUGAGGCUGAGAACAUUCCAGCUCAAGACUGA